UCUUUCUAUCUCCUAUAUAUAUGAUUGUUAUCAGGGAAUUCAUGCAUUUACAUCUUCAUUCAACAAAGAAAAUUUUCCUUCUCAUUUUCCUGGAUUCUUGGACGAGAAGAAAAAGUUCCCGAGAAAAUUCCCAAAGCUCAUCAAACGUCCAAACAACAAGGCUUUAGAGUUAUCAUCGUCUCCAAAAAAGUUGUACUACUCUACUAGUACAACUUCGACCACUGAUAAGAAUCGCAUCCCAAAUACAAAUUCAACAAGACAAUCUUCAAUCUCCCAAAAAACAAAAAAAAAAAAAAAAAAAAAAAAAAAAAUUACCCUGCAAGGUAUCUUUCUCAAUCGACAUUUUCUUGGGGUUUCUAAAUUUCUUCUGGUAAAGCUCUUCUCUGCUUCUGUCUCUCUCUCGCCAUGAAGCUCUGUAAUUUGUAUCCAUUCUCAUCCCCAUUCUUGCUUUGUUUUUUCUGCGCUACUGUGUGUCUUACUGAUUAAUUCUUUAUUCACUUGUUUCUUUUCAAAACUGUCAAUCUUUGUAGUUGAAUAUCAUUCUUUGAAGUUCCUGUUUUACAUAGAUGGACUUGGUUUAUAGAAAGAAGCAGAACCCACAACCCAGAAUUCGAUCCCCAUGAAGCUCUGUAAUUAUAUUUAUUUUCAUCCCCAUCUCUUGUUUGUUUCCUGUGCUGCUGUAUUUCUUCCUGAUUGAUUCUCUCGUUUACUUAUUUCUUUUCAAAACUGUCAUUCUUUGUAGUUUGUCUAUUUCAUAUAUGAACUGCCACUCUCUGAAGUUCCUGUUUUUGAUAUAUGGACUUGUUUAUAGAAAAAUUCAGAACCCGCAACCCAGAAGUCGAACCACAGUAUCGUAUCCAUCCUGAUUAAUUCUAUGUUCACAUUUUCUUCUCAAACUGACAUUCUUUGUAGUUCCUGUAUUUCAUAUACGAACACUGUCAUUCUUUUAAGUUCCUUUUUUUCAUAUAUGGACUUGUUUUGUAGAAAGAUUCGGACUCACAACCCAGAAUUCGAACCCCAACGUCAUAUUUUUCCUGAUUAAUUCUUUCUCGUUUCUUUUGAAACUGUCAUUCUUCGUAGUUCCUGUAUUUCAUGUAUGAACUGUCAUUUCUUUGAAGUUCCUGUUUUUCAUAUAUGGACUUGGUUUAUAGAAGAUAUGCAGGAGCCACAACUCAGAAUUCGAGUCCCAACAUCGAAGCUGACGAUGUUCUUCAAGUAUUUUUUCUACCUGCAAUGUUUCCUCAUGGUCAUCUUGACAAUCUACUUUGGUCCAUAUGCUAUCUUUUCCUCCGGUGGCCACCCGUUCCACCGCAUGAAGUGGUUUGCCCCGAUGUUGACCUCAGGAGGAAUUGCUGUACUUCUUGGUUUUCUGUGGCAAUGGGUGAUAGCCCGAAAACCUGCCACAGCCGUUGGAAUGCACUUUUGGCUCAUCAACUGCACACCCACAUGGAUCCUCGGUUUAUUGCUCAUCGCCAUGUAUACUCCAGGAAGUUUGGCAGCAGGCAUUAUUGUUCUGGUCUGUGGCCUGAUACAAUCAUUGUAUUGCUGCUGGAUCACUUCCCGAGUCAAUUAUGCUAAGCGGGUUUUAUCGGCUGCCACAGCAAACCCUCCUGCCAAGUUAAAUGCCAUACUCAUUCCAACAAUGCUUUACUCUAUUCUUUAUGCCUGCUUGUUGGUUUCUGGGAUUUUAGGAAUCACUGCUACAAGGAAACCAGUCUAUCGGAUCAUUAUCCCUGUAAUUUUGCUAAGCCUGGUUUGGACAAUGACUGUAAUCAGGAAUGUAAUACUGGUUACAAUCUCAGGAAUCAAGUACAUACGCUAUGUAAGGAAGAGUACCGUGCAGACUCUUCCUGAACUCUGGGAUUACCUUGACAACUCCAUGGGAUACAUAUGCAUAGCCUCAGCAGUUGUCCCUGUUAUUGAGUUCAUUCGCCUUACAGCUCGAAUGAGGCUGCUUGCAAGAUUCAACAGCGAGUUUCUGUUAUCAUGUGCUAAUUGGUACUCCAGCUGGGCUGCGAGGAUGAUCAUGUUCGGGAACCGGUGGGGCUUUGUUCAUGUGGGAGUCUACUCCCAGGCUAUUAAGGAGGCUUCUAUUGAUACACUGGGGCAGUUGAGGAGGGCUAAGAUGGAAGUACUGAUCUUGUCGGACCUGACGGGUCCUUUCUGCUUUCUUAGUGCAGUGGCUGGCGGAGCAACAUGCAGCCUGGUUGGUGGAAUAUGGACAUUUGCAGUUGAAAAGAGCUAUGCCACAGAGAUUACACUCUAUGCUUUCUUAAUUGGGUAUCUCAUGAUUCAACUAGCUAUGGCAUGGCCACAUGCGUGCAUUCUGGCUUAUUAUGUGGCUUACUCAGAGAGGCCACAACACUUUCAAAAUGACACCACCAUUCCAGAUCGCAUGGAAGAGCUUCAGAGAGAAAAUGAAGAGAAAAAAGAUGAGGGAAGUUCUGCCCCCCCAAGUACUGCCCCACCAACCCCAAGUCCCCAACCACACAGAAGCUGAAAUUUGAAUUCAAUGGAGAGGGCCGUACAACAGAUUACAAUGACAUCGAGUAUUUUUCCUCGUAGUUGGUUAGUUAGAUUGUAAAAUUGCAUAUAAUGGUUAGUUAGAUUGUAAACUUGCAUAUAAUGUUCUUUCGUUUUCAUUUUGGAAGAUGCUGGGGAAAAAAAAAAUAAAAUAAAAUAAUUCCUUUAUGGACACUCCAUAUCCAGCACAACAGGAUGAAUUGCAAAAUGAUGAAUAUGGAUGCAUUUUUUUUUUUUUUUUGGUUCUUUUUUCUUUGCUUUAUAUGACUUAAUCACAUAAUGUUUAGAGUUUUUUCUGGAGGGGAGAGAGAGAGAGAGAGAGAGAGAGUAGAUAAUGAGAAGUCAUCUAUGAUAAAGCACAAUUUGAAGAAAUAUUCAAUCAUCAUAUGAAACACCUUAUAAACAAAAUUUAAGCAAGUAAACAUGGAAAAUUCUUCAGUACUUGAUGUCCAGAGUGGUAAUUCUCUGCUAUCACGUUUACAAACAAUAUGAAAUAGGUUUACAAUGUUACAUCUUCUUUUUUUAAUCUGUAUUUCAGUUUACAACGUAUACAGAAGGUAAAAAAUACUCUCAGCAGAUUCAUAUGCUUGUUCAAUAUAUUGAAUACCAUAGGGAUAGUUAAAGCAACAGAUAAGCCCUGUUUGCUUUUCAAUAUAGCACAUGUUGUAGUCAGCAUAUGUUCAAGAAAAUUGUAUUUGCCAAAAAGAAUUAAUCACAUACAACUAGAUAUCCGUGUAAACUUAUCAGAAUUCACCAACCAUAUACUAGGAAAGGCUAUGUGAUUAUGAUGUAUGUGACUCGUACAAGAAGAUAUAUAUCUGCAUACAAAAAAAAAAAAAGCAAAUACGGGAACAGAAGAGAAGCAAACUACACAAAU